GUUCGUUAAAACUAACUACACAGAACACCUCACACACACACCUCUCUCUCUCACCCCACCUCCAAUACUUCACUGUAAUAUCUAUUGUCUUGUUUACAAACGACGCGAGGCUACGGGAGGAUCUAUUGGCUUUUUCUCCGGUUCUCGUCCACCCCCCGCCGUACGGCACAAUGGAAUAUGACUGGCAGCAUAUGAAGCGGGUGAACCGUCGCGGUGUGAUCAUAUCGCCCAAACUCAGCAGCUGGUUGCAGCAGAGCAGAUUUGACAACAGACCGACAUACGGGACCGAACCUUACCGAACAGGAUGGAGUGGCAACCGAUGGAGAUCAACCCGGAGAUGCUGAACAAGGUGCUCAGUGGGCUGGGGGUGUGUGGUAGCUGGCGCUUCGUGGAUGUGUUGGGGCUGGAGGAUGAGGGAGUGUCUUCAGUACCUUCUCCCAGCUGCGCCCUCAUGCUGCUCUUCCCCCUGACACAACAGCACGAGUCGUUCCGGCAGCAGCAGGCUGGGAAGGUGUCGGGGGGUACUGACCUCUACUUCCUGAAACAGACGGUGGUCAACUCCUGUGGCACCGUGGCUCUGCUGCACGCAGUCGCCAACAACCCCACCCACAUAGAGUAUGAUGGUGACUCUGCUCUGAAGAAGUUUCUAGAUGAGACGGCUAACAUGACCCCCGCCCAGCGAGCCACACACCUGGAGAACAACCAGGCCAUCAGAGAGGCUCAUGAUGAGGUGGCAGCCCAGGGCCAGUGCAGGGUGGAGGCAGAUAACGUGAGCUUCCAUUUUAUCACCUUCGUCAAUGUGAAAGGACAGCUUUAUGAGCUGGAUGGUAGGAUGGAGGGACCGGUCAACCAUGGAACCACCAAGGAUGACUCCUUCAUCAAGGAUGCAGCCAGGGUGUGUCGGGGUUUUGUGGAGAGAGCAGAGGGAGAGGUCCGCUUCUCCGCUGUAGCCCUCUGUCAUACCUAGAGACCCUGGACACACACACACACACACACACACAGGUGAACCACGGUACACACACACACCCGGUAUGCACUGGAAACAUACAGUUUGCACUCUCCCCACACACACAUGCGUAGAUAGUAGUUUGCACAAGCCUGGUGUGUGUCACGUUGAUGUCACUACUGCUGUACUUUCUGUCUGCUGUACUCUUUAUUUUUCUGAGCCGGAUCACCACUGAGAAAGUAGUGCACUACAUGGGGGAUAGGGAGCCGUUUGAUCACCACUGAGAAAGUAGUGCACUACAUGGGGGAUAGGGAGCCGUUUGAUCACCACUGAGAAAGUAGUGCACUACAUGGGGGAUAGGGAGCCGUUUGAUCACCACUGAGAAAGUAGUGCACUACAUGGGGGAUAGGGAGCCGUUUGAUCACCACUGAGAAAGUAGUGCACUACAUGGGGGAUAGGGAGCCGUUUGAUCUGCAGCCUGUGAGGUGUCGGGGAUUUUAAGGCUUCCUGUUUGUCUGCUGCCAGACUCCUCAGCUCUCUGCUCUGUUUCUAACAGCUGUUACAACGUCAGACUACGAUGUUAGGAUCACGUUGUCAGGAUGACACUGCAGCAAUGUUGUUGUCUGUGCUUUGCCUUUCUGCAUCUUCCUGUGCUGCUGACUGCCAAUAAACAACCAAACUACACAAGUCUCCGCUCCACUGUGUGAUGUAAAUAAUUAUUUACUACUCUCAUUACUGUAACUGAGUAGCUUUUCAGAGUACUAUUUUACUUGAGUAAAAUGUUAAUGUAAUUUCUACUUUAGUAGGAUAUUUCAGUCCUCUUUUCAUCCCGAUAUUUGUUAACAUGUUUGAUUUUACUUA